GCGUGGCUGAGGAAAGAUGGCGGCGCCCGCGGCUUCUGCUGAGCCCGAGGCUUCCGGGGCUCCUCAGCUCCCCGUGUGUCUGCUGGUAUUGGGAAUGGCAGGAUCCGGGAAAACUACCUUUGUACAGAGGCUCACGGGACACCUGCACAACAAAGGCUCGCCACCGUAUGUAAUCAACCUGGACCCAGCUGUGCACGAAGUCCCUUUUCCCGCCAAUAUUGAUAUUCGUGACACGGUGAAGUAUAAGGAAGUCAUGAAGCAAUAUGGACUUGGGCCAAAUGGGGGCAUAGUGACCUCGCUCAAUCUUUUUGCGACCAGAUUUGAUCAGGUGAUGAAAUUUAUUGAGAAGGCCCAGAACACAUUCAGAUAUGUCUUGAUUGACACACCCGGACAGAUUGAAGUGUUCACCUGGUCAGCUUCAGGGACAAUCAUCACGGAGGCCUUGGCAUCCUCAUUUCCAACAGUGGUCAUCUAUGUCAUGGACACAUCCCGGAGUACUAACCCAGUGACCUUCAUGUCCAAUAUGCUGUAUGCGUGUAGCAUCUUGUACAAAACCAAGCUGCCUUUCAUCGUGGUCAUGAACAAAACUGACAUCAUUGACCACAGCUUUGCGGUGGAGUGGAUGCAAGAUUUUGAGGCUUUCCAGGAUGCCUUGAACCAAGAGACGACCUACGUCAGUAACCUAACACGGUCCAUGAGCCUGGUGUUAGAUGAGUUCUACAGCUCACUCAGGGUGGUGGGCGUCUCUGCUGUGGUGGGCACCGGCUUCGAUGACCUCUGUGUUCAGGUCACCAGUGCUGCUGAAGAGUACGAAAGGGAAUAUCGGCCUGAAUAUGAGCGUCUGAAGAAAUCACUGGCGAGUGCCCACAGCGAUCAACAGAAGGAGCAACUGGAGCGCCUUCGGAAGGAUAUGGGCUCCAUAGCCCUGGACGCAGGCACCAGCCAAGACAGCGUGUCUCCUACCCUGGACCCUUCUGACUUGAUCCUGACUCGAGGAACCUUGGAUGAGGAGGAUGAGGAAGCUGACAGUGACACUGAUGACAUUGACCACAGAGGUGAGAGGCAGCUGGUGGAAACAGCAGCUGCACUGUUGGCUCAGGAGAUUGUCAUCGUUGGGAGGAGAUCCUGA